GUGUUUACUUCUAUCCUGCUUAGAAGUAGGACGGAGUGUGCACUGCAGCUGUCACACAGACAGAUAUAGAGAGGAGCACUGGCAUUUGAAUGAGCCACUGUAAGACAGCGUAUAGGAAGACUACUGUACGAACUGCCAUGCUGAGAAGAGGCAGGAAUGGCCGAGCUCGACAUUUGGGCUGGAGUGAAACACGGCAGGAGACAGAUGUCAUGGCCAUGGUCCAGACGACUGACAGAGAAGAGUGGGACAGUCAAACAGUGACACAGAUCAGCUUGGAGUUGGAGGUGGAUUACCUGGCUGGAACCCAAACAGUCUCUACGGUGAUGGCCUUGCCCAGCACAGCACCAGUGAUGGGAGAGUCUUUCUGCCAGUGUGAGAAGCAGGAAGAGUUCAGCCCAGGUUUCGGCAUCACAAGUGACUGCCUCUGUGGAGAGGAGGAGCAGGUUUUCGACUGGGUGUGGGAUGAACAGUGCAAGUCCUCCGGAGCCUUCCUGAGCUGUGACAACAGGAAGGUGAGCUUUCACUCAGACUACAGCUGUGGCACAGCAGCCAUCCGCGGCACCAAGGAGCUUUCAGACGGCCAACACUACUGGGAAGUGAAGAUGACUUCUCCUGUGUAUGGAACUGAUAUGAUGGUGGGGAUUGGGACUUCAGAGGUGAACCUGGAGAAGUUCAAAUACAGCUUUGGCAGCCUACUGGGCAACGAUGAAGAUAGUUGGGGUCUUUCUUAUACAGGUCUGCUUCAACACAGAGGAGACAAAGUGAAGUUCUCCUCUCGGUUUGGUGAAGGCUCAAUUAUAGGAGUGCACCUGGACACGUGGCAUGGGACCCUGACCUUCUACAAGAAUCGGCACUGCAUAGGUGUUGCUGCCACCAGGCUGCAGAACAAAAAGUUCUAUCCCAUGGUGUGCUCGACAGCAGCUAAGAGCAGCAUGAAGGUGAUCCGUUCCUGCUACACUCCCACCUCCCUGCAGUACCUCUGCUGUGCCCGCCUACGCCAAAUGCUGCCCUGCUGCCCAGAUGUAGUUAACGCCCUGAACCUCCCACCAGGCCUGCGCAACCUGCUCCAGACACAACUUGGUUGGGUCUUCACCCUUAGCAGCGUACCCGACACCUCAGAGCAGGAGAGUUAUUUGCCCGAGGAUGUUCCAGAAGAGAUCAGCCUGGCUUCAAGCCCCAUCCCAAGCCCCGUACCCACCCUGAGUGCCUGCGCUGGCUUGUUUCCUGAAACGGCCUCAUACCACUGCCCCUGUCACACGUCACCUCAGAAUGACUCCACAACCUGCCACUGUCCUCCAACUCCACCGAGCAGCGACUACGACAGCUGCUGCUCUGAGCCAGAGGAUUAUCAGUGCAAAAGAUGUCGCUGGACAUGACGUGGCCGUUUCAAGGGUUUAGUACGCACUUCUUCUAACAAGCCACAAUGUCUCCUCAUCUUUUAAUCAGUGUUUGAGUGGAUCACUGCUUGUUUUAUCUAACUUGAAAG